AACAGAAAGCAUCCUACGUUCUUAUGCAAUUAUUCCAGCUGGCUCCAACAGAUAAAUAAAGGCCAUCAUCCUUCAUGGGUCUGCCUUUCCCAGCAGAGGAUCUAGGUUGGUCCUGAAGUCUUCAGUCUCCUGCCCACCUGCCGGGGCCUCUCUGGGACAGCCAUGAAGUCCCUCAUCCUGCUCUUCUGUCUUGCUCAACUCUGGGGCUGCCACUCGGCUCCGCACGGCCCAGGGCUGAAUUAUAGACAACUGAACUGCGAUGACCCAGAAACUGAGCAAGCAGCCCUGGUGGCCAUAAACUACAUCAAUAGCAAACUUCUCCAGGGUUUCAAGCAAAUCCUGAAUCAGAUUGACAAAGUGAAGGUGUGGUAUAAGUGGCCGCUCGGAGAGUUAUUUGAGCUUGAAUUAGAUACGCUGGAGACCAUCUGCCAUGUACGAGACCCAACCCCUCUGGAAAACUGCACCGCGAGGCAGCUAGUGGACCAUGCUGUGGAAGGAGACUGUGAUGUCCGGUUGAUGAAAAAAAAUGGCCAGUUUACUGUGUUGUUUGCAAAAUGUGAUUCCAGUCCAGACUCAGCUGAGGAUGUGCGCAAGGUGUGCCCAAACUGUCCCCUGUUGGCCCUGCUGAACGACACCCGGGUGGUGCAUGCUACAGAAGUUGCCCUGGCUGCCUUCAAUGCUCAGAGUAACGGCUCCUAUUUUCAGCUUGUGGAAGUUUCCCGGGGUCAACUUGUGCCUUUCCCAGCUUCUACCUAUGUGGAGUUCGCAGUGGCUGCCACUGACUGUGUUGCUAAAGAGGUCACAGAUCCAGCCAAAUGCAAUCUGCUGGCAGAAGAGCAAUAUGGCUUCUGUAAGGCAACGCUCACUAAGAAGCUUGGUGGGGAAGAGGUUGCAGUGACCUGUACCAUGUUCCAAACACAGCCUGUGGUCCCACAGCCCCAACCAGACGGCGCCAACACAGAAGGCCCCAACCCUGUGGUGGACCCAGCUGCUCCUGUGUCCCCUCCAGCUGGCCCACCUGUAGCUUCCCUGGUGGUAGGACCCCAGGUGAUGGCAGCUCACCCAGGACUUCCAGUACACCGGGCACACUACGACCUGCGCCAUACCUUCCCAGGGGUGGCCUCGGUGGAGUCAGCCUCAGGAGAAGCAUUCCACCCAGGGAGAACAGCCAACGUGGCUCAACCCAGUGUGGUUGCUGGUGUUGGUCCAGUGGCUCCCCUAUGCCCAGGAAGAGUCAGAUACUUCAAAGUCUAGGCCAGACACAGCAGAGACGAGAAGGUUUGGCACAAAGAACAUAGCUACCAUUUUGUCCAAGCCUGGGCACAGGUGGGACCUUGUCUGCUGUCUAAGUAAGUGUCACAUGUGGUCUAGAUUAAUAUCAAGUCUUGAAUCCCAACUUCCCUUCAUUCCUCAGAGGAAAGAAGCAGGGGGUGGGGGGUGAUGGUUAUGUCUGACAGAAGGCAUAGGUCACAACUUGAUUGUCAUGGUUUUGAUGAUAAGCCACCAUCAAUGUGCUCUCUGCCUUCUGGUUGACCUCAUAAAAACCAUUCGAACUGUGACUUUGAGAGGUGCUCUUGCUAAGCUUAUACUGCCUGUUAAUAAAAGUGCCUGCAGGACCUUCCUUAAUAAAGAAGGUUCUAAGCUGAAA